AUGAUCGCAUCCCUGGAGAAGCAAAGAGAGUCGGUCCAUGUCGAGAUCAGUCCGGAGGAACGCAGGACCGGCAAGAUCUCCAAACAGAACCUGGAAAAGGCUGUCGUGGCACUCUCUGAGGAUGGGGUAGUCGUUCUGGACAAUGCCGUCGCGGAGGAGAGCCUGGAUAUGCUCAACCCGCGCAUGAUCGAAGAGGCCAAAGCUCUGCGCGAAGGCUCAGCCACUUGGUUCAACUACGACAGCAAGGCUCAGAACAUCCUUCAACACAUGAUUCCGGAGCCGGAAUACCUGCUGCCAGAUAUACACGCAAAUCCUUUCGCCGUGGAAGCAAACACCAAUUUCCCUGGGGAAAGCCGCCAGCCUGUCCACAGCGACGUUCAUUAUGAACAUCCUCGCGCCUGCUUCAGUCUAGCCGUCAACGUCGUCUUGAUUGACUGUUCGCCCGAGAAUGGCUCGACUGAGUGCUGGCUAGGCACUCACACGACAACCAAAUUCGCCGACCAGAACGGUAUGAGCGGCAUUCAUCAGCACCUCUUAGACGAGACAUUUCAGGCUCAUGGCCCUCCUGUCCAACCCACCGUCAAGAAAGGAGGCAUCAUUAUCCGCGAUAUGAGAUUAUGGCACGCCGGGAUGCCUAAUCGAACAGCUGAUGAGGUCAGGGUCAUGCUCAACCUGAUAUUCUUCGCAGAUUGGUAUAGAAGCCCUAUGACCAUAGUCUUCCCCAAAUCUGCCGAACCAAAGAUCCGACAGAUUGAGAAGGAAGGUGGCAUCCAGAUUGCAGCCGAGUUCGUCGACGAAUUGGACCAUAGGACACUUGCGCACACCCAUGAUUUCGGACAGGACGACAAAAGAGAGGAAUUCGGCAGAUGGCACCACAAGGUUGCUACUAAGUAA